CUGGUGGUUAGUGGUUUAUUGAUACCGGUGCUCACGCAGCUGUCGGAUCUGUACGGUCGACGAAUGGUUUUCCUGCUCAUGCUUUGGUGUGCUAGUAUAGCUUCGUUUGCAUGUUCCUUGGCACCAACAGUUCUCACAUUCCUCAUUUGUCGUCUUAUUCUUGGCAUUGGCACUACGGUAGCUUAUUCAUUUUCAACUGGUUACUUCGCUGUCAUGUCGAUAAUGUGCUGCGAAUCAGUGUCCGUCGAAUUUCGGUCGCUAAUCCCGGUGUUGUUCACGAUAACUUGGGUGACGGGUAUUAUGGCUGUUGGCUUACUGAGGAUAUGGAUCCACAGCUGGAGAUACCUCUAUUUCAUCAUAUCCAUCCCCAGCCUGUUCACCAUUUCCUAUUACUGGUUAGUUUUCAUUUUUCUCAUUCACUUCUUCCUCAGUGCAUGUGUUUCAAGAGAUGCUGAAAUCUGUUUUUCCUUUCUACCAAACAAAGAAAAAUGGUUAUCACUUAAACACUGCAACAGAAUGGCUGAAUGGAACUUCAGGGCUACAAUGAACAUAUCCUACUGGGGCAUGGCGUUGCUGAGCACGACGUUGAGUGAGGAUAGCUAUACGGGUUACUUCCUAUCCGGCUUCACUGAGCUGCCAGCCGGUCUGCUAGCUGUUUUGUUGCUGCAGAAAUUCGGACGACGCUCGAUCAGCAUGUGGUCCUUCCUGUUCCAGUCUCUUUUCCUCUUCCUUGCCGUACUCUUCCCAGGUAGUUUUAUAUCGUUUGCAGUGGUAGCGAAACUCUUCAACAGUUUUAUCUGGGCGGCCCAGCCACUUCUGCUGGCCGAAAUGAGUCCAACGACAAUUCGGAAUACAUUUUUUGGAGCAGUACAGUUUGCCGCCGAAGCUGGCUCCAUCUCAGCACCUUAUCUGAUUUUACUUGUACCAGCAGUAACGAUUUUUUCGUUUUUCGCUGCUUUAUUGCUGGUCACUGCACCGGAAACAAGGGGCCGUGCGAUGCCGGAGGAUCUUGAUCAAUUCGAUCCAGGAUGCUUCUUGAGAAUGUUCGGAUUUCAAGAGCAGAGGAAGAGGAGUAUUUUGCUUACUGCACAGGAGGUAGUGCAAUCGAGCGCAGCGAAACUGCUAAAAAUUGAUGAAAAAGAUACUUUCAAAUAA